CACGGCGCCAUCGAUCCCUAUCGCUCGCUGUUCAGCAGCCGCUUUGUUUGCUAGGUCGACGAGGGAGGAUGGGAAGGGAGCGAGGGAGCUGCGCGGCGGAACCGGUUCAACUCUCCGACGGCGCCCUACCCUAUCUGAGUACAGUGGUUUAUGGAUCUCGCUCCAUGUCUGCUCCCGACCUCAUCGGGCCUCGCUCAGCCCCAAUCCCCGGCACCCCAAAGCUUUCGUGAACUCGUCCAUGUUCCAUGUUUAUUAUAUCAUAGGAGGCGUGGGACGGGAUGCAUGUCUUGCUCGUCCAAUG